AGAAAUGGAUCACAAUGAAAAGGCUGGAAGUAAAGAUAUUUUGGGAAGACUCUCAGAUUUAGAACUCAGUGAACUUAAAGAUACUGUCACGAGGAAGCAAAUAUCGGCUUAUGGACGUAAAGAAUGCAUCAGUGCUAUUGUGUCAUACAGUGAGUCUGCUCUUGAACUUCUGCACAGAAAGAAACUCAAGCGAGAUGUCCUGUUCCAGUACCUAUUUGACAAUAAUGUUGUAGUACCUAUCAAUGCUUCAAAAGACAUGCUUAUUUACUCUAUAAUAGAGCUUUGGAAAUCACGAAAUCAGCAAAAGAAACAGGAUACAACUCCAAUUGUACAAGCCGAUCAGCAGCCUACACAGGAAAGACUAGAGAACAAAACACAAGCUCACUCUCCCCAAAAUACACCAAUCAAUAUAGCAAUUACAGUCAAUGUAGCCUCUCAGCAACCAAGUCCAUCAAAAGAUGUGCCUUUAUCAGAACAAGUUGGAGAAGCCUUCACAACUUGGUUUUAUAAAAUGUUAAACUCUCAAAACCCAACGACACCCGAUGCACCAGAGGAUUUUGGUUCCCAUCAUUUCUGGCCAGAUGUGAACUUUAAACUUUUGUGCUUGACACCACAGCCAGUGGAUGAGGAAUUAUCGGGUGCUGACCUGACAACGCAAAGGUUAUUGGCUCUUGUCAAAGAGGAACAGUUACUUUUCAAUCCUAACAUUAGUAAGGAAGGCCUAAUGGUGAAAUCCAACCCCCAUGGACAACUGGUGCUAAUUGUGUGUGGAACAAUUCACAGGAGCCAGGACUGUUUGGGCGAGUUUGAACAACUAUUUGGUUUACUUAGAGAUCCUCGUUUCAAUAACAAUUGGAAAGUAAAAUUCACAAAACUAAGGAUUAAAAGUUCACAAGUAACAGCGAUGCCAAAGUUGACAGAUCAAGCACUGAGUGAGGUGACUGCUCUUAUUCCAACGUAGUCAGAUCAAGCCUUGUCACUGAUGUGACCUUGAAGUUGAACUACUUUUUUGAGGUCACGCUACACUAAUUUUCUGCUACUGAAAUUCUGUGUUAAUAUCAAGAGUAAAGAAAAUAAUUUUCUUUCACUUUUAUUGUCAUGUACACUUGAAGUAUAAGAUGAAAUCACAGUGAAUAAAGUGUCUGAGGCGUUGGCCUCAUCACAAUUUA